UGCUCGUAUCACAUAAAACGUGACUUAGAAUCAAGGAGAUCAAAUAACAGGAGACAUAAGAAUUGCCCUCGAAUCGUUGUUCUAGCGACUGCAAAUAUUAUAACCAGGCAUUUACACCUUUAAAAUCAACUAUACCUUUUCAAAAUUUCAUACGAUCCCUAAAUGUUAAAUCACCCAACGCUCACUGUUGACGCACUCAAUCUCCUCAACGAAAGCGACCACCCGCCGGUGACUGUAAAACCGGGAUGGCUGUCGCUCUCUGGUACCUUAUGCCGGAGCAUAUCGAUGGCAGAUGAGAUCAGUAUUCCAGAGUUUGUUCACAGCCUUGAGACACUAGAAUUCAUGGGGUUUGAGAGCGACAUAGCACAGAGGAUUUGGAGGCGUUACCAAGACCACGAGCAGUUUGGAGACGGAAUGAUCACCUUCAUGGACUUUGUGAGAGGGUAUAUUCAAAGUUGCCCUGAUGCAUAUCUUCUUGACCACCAAUGGGAUGAGGUGAUGAAGGAAAUGGGGGUCACGAAAAAGCUCAGAGAUGGAAUCCUCACCGAGGGUUUCGACGAUAUCAGACUGUCUGGGACCGCGGCAUCUUGGGUGCUUAAAACUAUGGAGGACCUUUACCAGUGGGUUUCAACGGUGUCCAAACAGAUCUCCGCCGCAAAAUCACGAGCCCCAUCGCAGAUAUCUUCCUCUCGGUGCCGUCAGGAGUCCGCGUCGUCCAAUGAGAGCGCCGCUACCGAUCAACUGCCCAGCUUCUCAGAGCACGACAAGGAAGCGGCGGAACCCGUGACGAUUCUUUUCAAGGGAGGUUCUGUGCCACGGCUGCAAAGGGCUCUUUCAACUAAUGAUCCAGCCAAGCGGCAUGACCUUUCAGCACUAGUCACUUUCCUUCCUGCAGACUUUGGCUUUGGCAAGGUGUACUUUACUCGGCAGAGACAGCUCGCAUUGAGAUACGCCAUGUACGCUCAGGAGCGAGAAAGAAUGAACAACAUCCAGGUCGGAAUUCUCCAUCUGGAAAUCCCAACGCGCCUGUUGGCCGAUGCCCGCGAGAUCUAUGGACAGGAUUGGAAGAGAUUCGUCUGGGGCUGUAGAAGAUGCCCUUUCCUUCCUCCUUUAGAGCUUGACGAGUUCGACAACGCUGGAAUUCUGAUCGGCCCAAUCUGGAUGGUUAGCGAAGAUGCCGCUCAAUCUGCGACCUUUACGGUCAAUGAUGUGAAGCCGUACAGCAUGCCAAAUGGCGUAGAUUGCUCGCAGCAUGCCUUUCGCCUACGAAAGUGCGUAGAAGUCCAAGAAGAGAGCAAUGUCUGGAUCGAGCAAUUGGAGGCUCUGCCACAGAAAACUUGAUAAUUCAAGCGUAGCAGAACGAGAUUUGAUCGUCAAUUGUACAUGUCAAAUAUAAACUUCUUCCGCUGCGUGAGACGUAGUAAUGACGGAAAUUCUCCCAUAAGGGGUUAAUGAUACCGAUACAUCUGCAUUCUCGAUUCCGGAGCUGUCUAUGACUAGAGAAUAUCCAGAAACUGAAUUGAAAUAAUUCGAUAUGCCAGCUACUGGCUAGCUAAACAGCAAACUGCUUCAAUAACGAUGAAUAAUUAUUAUAAACUUUUUAGAACAAGCAUUGGAAAAAUAACCGCC